AUGGCUGGCUCCUGGAAGGGCAAAUGGGGUGGAGCUUGGGGCGGCGGCGCUUGGAACGAAGAUUGGCAAGGCAGCCGCCCUUGGAAGGGCUCCGGUGGAAAAAAAGGCAAGGGCAAGUGGGGUGGAGCCGAGGAGGCCGCCGACGCUGGCGAAGGGGCAGGACUGCAAUCCACCCACAGGAUUCUGAGCCGAUACCAACUCAGCAAAGCGAUCCUGAAGACGGCAGCGGAUGUAGAUGGCAGCGCUUUUGUGAAAGACAGCAAGCACAAAGUGGAUGAUUUCACUUUCCUAUCCAAGAAGCAUCUUCGGCGGACCUUGUCUGCAGAAAACCAUCACCUUCUCCGACGUCCCGGGGUCGGGCUGAGUGAGGCAGCUGGAUCCAUCGCUGCCGGAGCGGACGUCUUGGCGAAAAUGGACAAGGUUGCAUGGGAGAAGUUGGCCACGGUCCUGGGCGGCCUCCGGGGCGAGCUGCAGGCUCUGAACACAUUGGAUGCCAGCGUGGACCGCUCCGAAGAGAUUUUGGUCGCCGCAUUGACCAGCUUGCGGAGCAGCCUGACAGGCCCUGACGUUGAGGAAGUGGCAAUACAGGCCGCCAUCGCCGGCAGCCGCCUCUUCUUGAUGAGCGCGCAUCUGUUGCCGCUGGCGGCCGCGCUUGGCGACCCAAGUUGGUGGGGCGGCCACGUGCCGGACACUCUGUCGGACCACAAGCGCUUCGCGGCCUGGAAGCGAGACCCCGGGGACAGCGACAAGAUGCUCCGCGCCAUGGCGGCUUUGCUCCUGGAGAAGAUCGAAGAAUCCACGACCGGCAAGAACGACCCCACAGCCCUGUUUGCCCGCAAGGCCCCGGCCGCCAAGAUGCCCUCGACGGACUCUGGUAGCUCGGAGCCAAAAAAGAAAACAAAAAAGGAUCGCAAGGGCAAAAAGGACAAGAAGGCCGAGAAAAAGGCCAAGAAGAAGGCGGCGAAGAAGCGCAAGGCAUCUUCCAGCUCUACCAGCAGCUCUUCUCCCAAGAAGCCCGGGCGAGCCAAGGCCCCCAAGGGCGGGACCGUGAAAGUGCGGCGGGUCACUGCAUCGCACGCUGGAAAGGCCAUUGUGAAAGAGGACGACUUGUACGACGAGCUGCCUCAAGACGGCGCCACGACCGUCCAAGCGGCCCUGGAGAAGCUCUUCGCCGCUCAGUCCUCCGUCGAAGAGCUGGCCAAUUGGUCUGUGCAGUCUUUGGCAGAGGACGGCACCUUGCAGCCGGCCGAUACAUCUGUGACCACGGACGUUUGUGGAGAUUUGGCCUUGCUGCGCAAAGGCGGCUGA